AACCAGCCCCUCCUCUCUCUCUCUCUCUCUCUCUCUCCCCCAAAACUCCAUUUCUCUGCAAAUCCAAUCCCUCACAAACCCUAAAUUAUCCCCCCAAAUUUCAACUUCUCCGCCGUUCUACACCGUAAAUGUGGCGGCCGUGGCGCAAAUCGUCGGUUAAAAUUCACGACACCUACUCUCCCACCGCCUCCUUCUCCUUCAAAGACAUCCACCACCUCUGCACCACCGACGAUUCAUCAUCUCCCUUCCCUUCUUCUCCUUCCCCUUCUCCUAAAAACGUAUCCAGAGUCUUCCACCGAGUCUGCGCCGCCAAUCUAAUCUUCCGAUCCUGGCCAACUCGUCCGUCAAAUCAGCUCCUCCGCGCAGACUCCGAGCCCGCCAAUCCAAAAUCAGAUUCGCGACAACAAUCAAAGCCCGAACCAGAUGUACGGAUUUCUCUCCCCGGCGCAGAGACCAGCAUCGUCGUCUACUUCACCAGCCUCCGCGUCGUCCGUCCCACGUUCGAAGACUGCCGAGCUGUCACGACGAUCCUCCGUAGCUUCCCCGUGCGAAUCGACGAACGAGAUCUCUCGAUGGACGCGUCGUUCGCUUCCGAGCUGCAGCGGAUCUUCCAGGACCAGAGCCAGACGAAGACGCCGAAGCUGCCGCGCGUAUUUAUCGGCGGCCGGUACGUCGGAGGAGCGGAGGAGGUUAAGCAGCUUCACGAGAUCGGAGAGCUGAAGGUGCUCGUGAAGGAGUUGCCGAGGAUUGAACGAGGCGUGUGUGAGAUUUGCGGCGGUCACAGGUUCGUACCGUGCGACGUGUGUCACGGUAGCCAUAAGGUGUACACGGAGAAGCUAGGUUUCAGAACUUGCUCUGCCUGCAACGAGAAUGGUAUCGUCAGGUGUUCGUCUUGUUCAUUUCCGCAUCUCUCGCCUAAUUCCUAGAUUUUCUUUUUUUUUUUUGAUUUUUUGUUAUAAUUAAUUCUACACGAAAAAAUCGAAUAAUUAAUAUUUUGUUUUUUUAUUCUAAUUCAGAAGUUUCCAAUCUGUAAAAUUCGAAAUGGAAAGAGGUAGCUUCAGCUUGUUUUGGAUAUAAUUAGAUUCGUCGAAAUAAUCAUGAGAUC